AUGACAAAUCUUCCGAAAAUCUAUGCCCCUCAGGAAAUUGAGGGGAAAUGGUACCAACUUUGGCAGAAAAAUGGCUACUUUCACGCGGACGCAACCUCUGACAAACCGCCUUAUGCGAUCGUGAUACCGCCACCGAACAUCACAGGCAGUUUACACAUCGGGCACGCGCUCGACAAUACACUCCAAGAUUGCCUCAUCCGAUGGCGACGCAUGCAAGGUUAUAACACACUCUGGAUGCCCGGGACUGACCACGCCGGUAUUGUUACCGAAAUCAUUAUGGAGCGACAACUCGCUGAAGAAGGCACCAGCAGAACCGACCUUGGACGCGAAAAAUUCAUCGAACGCAUGUGGCAGUGGAAAGAUGAAUCUGCUGGCUACAUUGUGUCACAACUCCAGCAACUCGGAUGCUCUUGUGAUUGGGAGCGCGAGCGUUUUACUCUCGAUGAAGGUCUGUCGAAAGCUGUCCGCACCGCUUUUGUCAAACUGUACAAUCAAGGACUCAUCUAUCGCGAUACCUACAUGGGAAAUUGGUGCCCACACUGCAACACUGUCAUAAGUAACCUUGAAGUCGAACCGAUUGAGAUAGACGGAAACUUUUAUCACAUCCGCUACCCGGUUAAGGACAGUGAGAUUGUGCUCGAAAUCGCCACGACGCGUCCGGAAACGAUGUUAGGUGACACCGCUGUUGCUGUGCACCCUGAAGAUGAACGUUAUCAACAUUUGAUUGGAAAAACAGCACGCCUACCGCUCUGCGACAGAGAAAUCCCGAUAAUCGCCGACGUAUAUGUGGAUAGAGAAUUCGGGACGGGUGCCUUGAAAGUUACUCCGGCGCACGAUACCAAUGACUAUGAAAUUGGCUUACGACACGACCUCGAACAACGGACGAUUUUCACGCCGGAUGGAUAUAUAAACGAAAACGCGCCCGAUAAUUACGUCGGUUUGCCCCGACAGGAUUGCCGCAAACGUGUCGUCGAAGAUCUGCAGAACUUGGAUUAUCUCGUCAAAAUUGUCCCGCAUCGGCACGCCGUUGGACAUCAUGACCGAUGUGGCACGGUUGUUGAACCCGCUAUAUCGCCGCAAUGGUUUAUGAAUGUUCGCCCACUCGCGCAACGCGCCAUAGAAGCAACGAAAAAAGGUGAAGUCAAGUUUAUUCCAGAGCGGGAAACUUCUCGCUUUUAUCAUUGGAUGGAGAAUAUCGAACCCUGGCCCAUCUCACGUCAACGGUGGUGGGGACAUCGGCUCCCAAUAUGGUAUUGUAACGCAUGCGAAGCAGUCACCGCUGCUAUGGAAACACCUCAGCAGUGCGAAUGUGGUGCCUCCGAUUUUCGGCAAGAAGAAGACGUUCUGGACACAUGGUUCAGCUCUGGGUUGUGGCCCUUCUCCACUAUGGGAUGGCCAGAAAAUGCGGAAGAACUGAAGACUUUCUAUCCGACCUCUGUCCUUGUAACCGGCUGGGACAUUCUCUUCUUCUGGGUGGCGAGAAUGAUUAUGCUUGGAUUAGGGUGUAUGGACGAAGUACCGUUCCGCACCGUUUACCUGCAUGGACUUGUUGCCGAUGAAAAGGGACAGAAAAUGAGCAAAUCGAAGGGAAAUAGCAUCGACCCAUUAGAAACAAUUGGCACCUACGGAACGGAUGCAUUCCGCUUUGCUCUCGUCAAUGCCAGCACCCCAAACCCUUAUGUUCCCCUCCCAGAAUCGCAGAUUGAGGCAGGUAAGCGAUUUGCUAACAAAAUUUGGAAUGCCGCCCGGUUCAUUCUGAUGAACUUAGAAAAACAUCCUGUUCCCACAAGAAUGGAUACUGUAGAAACUGAACAGGAAACGUUAGAAAUCGCUUGGAUACGGAGCCGUCUUAGCCACACCAUCACAACAACAACCGAUGCCUUCGAGAACUUCCGUUUCCAUGAAGCGGCACAAACACUCUACGCCUUCCUUUGGCACGAAUUCUGCGAUUGGUACCUGGAGUUUGCCAAACAGCGAGUCUCACAAAAUGAACCAGAGGCACUUUGGGUAGCAGCGGAUGUUCUGGAGCAGACAAUGCGGCUCCUCCACCCCUUGAUGCCUUUCUUGACCGAAGAGAUUUGGCAACAACUCCCGCACGGUGGCGGUAGAAGCGAAUCCUCUGAAAAAGGUUCAGUAACAGUUUCCUCAUGGCCAGAACCAAUAGGCGGAAAUCCGACAGCAGAAGCCACCAUGGCAACACUCAUGGAAGUCAUCGAGAGUGUCCGAAGCAUCCGAGGCGAGUUGAAUGUUCCGAUCGGCGCAUCAGUAGAGGUUCAUAUCCAAUCGCCAAAUACUGAAGUGCGUGAACGACUUGAAGCAUACUUGGCACAGUACCUGCCAGCUUUCACACGCGUAGCAGACAUCACGAUCGCCGAAUCUUUGUCCAAACCCCGUGCUUCGGCAGAAGCCGUUAUCGGUGAGCUCGCUAUCUACAUCCCGCUUGCCGAUAUAAUCGAUCUGGAUGCCGAACAUGCAAGGCUUAGCAAACGACAUCAACAGGCGGUUAAGGAUGUUACAGCAGCACAGAAGACUUUAGAUAAUCCGAAUUUCAUUCAGCGUGCGCCUGAAAAGGUUGUCAAACAAAAGGAAGAGCUGCUUGCCCGGCUAAAAGUAGAACAAGAAAAAUUAGCACGAAGCCUCGCAAUGCUCACUGAAUCAGAAAAUGAAGAUUAA